AUGGCGACCUUAGCAAACAGGACCCACAAAAUAGACUUGACCGCAGAGGAGGAGCAGUUGUUCGAUGUCCUGAGAGCAUGUGCAGAGUCAUUACACCAACGGAACCCUGGAGCUGCACCGGUAGAGCUGCGGGUAGCUGGAGGAUGGGUUCGGGACAAGCUUCUAGGAAAGGAGAGCGAUGACAUAGACAUCGCGAUAGAUACGAUGAAAGGAGAACCAUUCGCACACGCCGUCAACCACUAUAUGCAGGAGCAGGGGCUCCAGAUGGGCCACAUUGCUGCCAUCAUGUCCAAUCCCGAUAAGUCGAAACAUUUGGAGACGGCAAAUGCCCGGGUCUUCAACUACUUGGUGGAUUUUGUGCAUCUGAGGACCGAGACCUACAAUGAGGAUAGCCGGAAUCCGGAAGUGGAAUUCGGAACGCCAUUAGAGGACGCCCUGCGACGAGACAUCACUAUCAAUGCGCUCUUUUACAAUCUGCGUACGCGUGAGAUUGAAGACUUCACGGGAAAUGGGUUAGACGACCUUGCGCAUGGGUUCAUCAGAACGCCCUUACCCGCCGCGCAAACCUUCAUGGACGACCCGCUACGGAUCUUGCGUGUGAUACGAUUCGCGACUCGAUUUGGCUAUACUAUCGAUGAAGACAUCAUUACCGCCGUUCGAGACGAGUAUGUGAAGGAUGCCUUCAAGAGGAAGAUCACCCGCGAACGUAUAGGUGUCGAACUGCUGAAGAUGAUCAAAGGGCCAAAUCCAGUCCGAGCAUUGAAGAUCAUUGAUGACAUCGGCUAUUAUCCGCUCGUGUGGGAGACGCCAGCGGACAUGUGUGUACCAAUUCCUCCAGGCCUGGUGGUGCGGUACGCCGAAACCGUUGCGAGCAUGAUCGGCUCGCAAUCAUUGCAAGAGAUGCUCCGCCCGUUCACGCGGAUACAAUGCGAUGCGGACGACAAGAAGAUUCUGUACCUCGCCUCCAGCGUCGUUCCAUUUCGGGGUUAUGUAGUAUCCAACCCAAAGCGAGACAGUCCUCUUUCCAGAGAGGUCGGCUUGACGGCCAUCAAGCUCAGCUUGUUCGACGCAGAGGCCUCAUCCAAGCUAGUAGACGUCGUUGACAGCGUUCGCAAGAUGGUAGCGGACAACUCGCAAACGGCCGAAGGCAUCGAUCGCAGGACUUUAGGCAUGUUCAUUCGAGAACUAGGCACCAAACCGCUCUUUGCGAAAUGGUACCUCACGAUCCUUUUCGGCUGGGUAUCCGAAAUCGUAGAAAGUGCAAGUACAGCGGGACAAUCUUUUGACGACCCGGCGUUCCGAGACAUCUCCAAAAAGUAUAUCAAGUUCAUGCAUGACAUCCGACGGCUUGGCUUAGAGGACGUGCAGGACUUCCGGGCGCAUCUCAAUGGAAAAGAAAUAACAGCAAUGCUCGGCAUGAAGAAGCCCGGACCCGCGAUAGGCGAGUACAUCAGCAAGCUUGUAGAAUGGCAACUAGGCCAUCCAGAAGCCUCUAAAGAGGAGUGCACUCAGUGGGUAGCGGCGUAUGCUCAAGAGCAUCCUCCACACUCCAUACAACCUCCGCCAACGAAGAAACUGAAGAGUGGAUGACCUUUGAUCGACUGCAACCCUCAUUCAUGUGCAUAGCGGCGUUUUCCAUUAUGGGCGUUUGGGCGUAUAAGGCCCUCCCCUCACUGCCACAUAUCUUAUCAUUGUAUAUCACGUAAUCGUUCGACUUGGGGAGGCAUGCCGAAAGAAUAGAAAAAAUGUAGCUCAGAUGCAUGUCAACGGCAUUUCAACACGAGCAUGUAUGUACAUCGCAUCCUCGGACAGAGUUGGUCCCAUAUCGGCGCUCCACGAAUCAAAAGCGCGAUUGCUCUCUUAGCUGUGAUAUGGCGCUAUGGAAGGAUGAGGAUGUCGGCUUGGCAGGUUCAGGUUCAUCGCCACAUCGAAGAGAUUGAGGAUGUUGGGUCG